UGAGCGUUUGUAUUUUGGCAGCUGGCUUCGUAGUGUUCUGUGAACUUUGGUCGUCACUUUAAUUUCGAUUUGUAUAACGGUACCGGUACUGGUUGGCGUUUUGAUAUAUUUUUUUUUAUAAAAAACGUUCAUACACCUGUGUGCCUGUAUAAUAUACCAUGAAUGACGAACAGAUCCAGAACCAGCGCCAUCUCAGGCUUAUGCUAGGAAGAAAUAAUCCGUAUCAAACACUCGUCGCACUUUUUGUUACUGCACUUUUCUUCAUGUUUUUUCAAGCGAAUAUUCUUCAAAAUUUUCAAAGACAUCAAAUGAUGCUACGCAACAGCGGAAGUGAAACACACAAUAAAGCUAAAUAUGUGAACCAUUUUGUACCGGAGCAAAGGGCACCAAUCAGGCACAUCAACCCAAAAUUUGCUCCCAAAUUUGCAACAGAAAUUGGAAUAAAAGUUAAUGGAACUUUAUUAAGAGGAGUAAAGAAGGCUAACAGAAAAUAUUACCUUCCUAAUUCGAACUUUGAAUUUGUCUGUUUUGAUGGAAAUCAAUCGAUACCGUUUCACGCCGUUAACAAUGAUUACUGCGACUGCUCGGAUGGAAGUGAUGAGCCUGGUACGUCAGCAUGUGCAAAUGGAAGGUUUUACUGUGAGCCAGAGCAUGAAUAUCUUCCUUCAUCGAGGGUCAAUGAUGGGAUUUGUGAUUGCUGUGAUGGCUCGGAUGAGUGGAAGGGUGUCACCGUUGCACCUGACUUGAAUUUACCAGAUUCACCAAAAGUUCUUCUUGCACCUUGCAGUAACGUCUGCAACGACUUUGAACACGAAAAAAGGUUGGAAAUGAAUAUAAAACGUGAAGGUGCCAUCGCAAAGAAGGAAUAUAUAGAAAUAGGAAAAGGACAAGAUGAAACGAUGUACGGUGAAAAUGGAGUCUACUACAAAUUAAGUCAGAACUGUUACAUGUAUAAAUCUCCAGGGUAUAUAUAUUCCGUUUGCCCGUACCAGAAUGUCACUCAGUCUGGCAAAGAUUUCUGGAUAAUUGGAAGAAAUGGGACGCUCAGCGAUAAAACCUCAAUCCUAACUAUGACUGGGGGUGAUAAGGAUCACUGCCCUGAUGGAAAAGCACGGUCUUCAGUGAUACAAUUCAAUUGCGCACCAGCAGACAAAGUACGCUACGUCUCAGAGAAAGAAACUUGCGUUUAUUCUGUUAAAUUUGACACUCCAGCCGCUUGUCCAAACCAAGAAGACACAUGAUAUUAAUUUUGUUCAAGUCUCGGAACGGUACCUCACUAUGAAAUUAUGCAUUGGAAAAAACUCGUCCAUGUUCCAGAUCAGGUCUUUCCAGACUUUUAAUCUAAUAACCGACUCCUUCUAAUAUAUUAAAUUUUUCUGUGACCUCCCGUUUGUGCCAUUUCUCGGGUCUUACGAUCAGAAUCAUCAUUGUUGUGCAAGUGAGCCUCAGGUCUGAUCCCGUGUUCCCUCUAGAAAUCGUGAGAUUUAUGUUUUGCACUAGUUUUGAUAAUUGUGUUUCAAAUCAAAAGUCUAAAAAAGUAUUUUAUGUGAAAUUGGUAUAUACUUUGCAAACCCUAGAAUUCGCUGAGUGCCCGCAACCCCCUGUGGGGUUGUGACUCCAGUUUUUUAUUAUAUAUCUUUUUUAUUAUAAAUAAGCAGGCCCUUAAUUUCCGAUAUUAUAAAUUUAAUGAGAUAUUAAAUCUUGGGUGUCGCUACACGAUAAACAGUAUUGAUUUCCCGCUGCUUCCCUUCACCAGUAAAAGUGUGUAUGGAUAUUAUUUUUCCUUAAUUUCGUAUUCUAUUAAACAUGAUCGUCACUAUGAACGGAAGCUGACAAAAAUUCUUGGUAUUGCAUGGAAAUAUAUUAUGCUAUUUUUAUUUAUCGUC